AUGUUACAAGCUACAUCUCCAACGGCUCUUAAAUUCAUGUCUAACAGUGAGCGUGGUAAAUACUAUCGACGUAGACGCAAGCAGUACGGUGCACACCUUGAGGAGCGCGUCAACACCCUUCGUAAUGAGAUUGCGGCCUUAGCGGUUUCUCGUCAGGUCCAGCUAGAGCUGACCUUAUCACAGCGACAAACGCCACUUGGUGCGGCUGCUAGUAUUGUAAAAGAGUAUUGUCUGCUCUUCAAUCAUGGAGCACCUGUUCAAAUGGCCGUGGACGAGCACGAUGUGUCUGCAUCACUAGUGGCGCAUGCGAGCACUGCCCAACGAGGUUUCUUGCAGGCUGUGAUGAAUACAGACGUGCAGUUUGGCGAUUUUUGUGGUAUCGAACCCUUGUUGGGCCAGUGGGAACGCUACUCGCUUUACCAUGCGGCUAUCGAAUGGACAAUGAAGUCGCUUGAAGUGAUUGAGCUGGCCGAGCCUGAAGAACUGGUUUUGAACAAAUACUGCGAAGAAAGCCGGCUGACGAUUUCUAUCAACGCGGACUUACGUGUAAAGUUUUCUCGACGUACGAUCGAAGAGGUGUUCCCGCAUUUGGCUGGAGACAAAGUAUUGACGCAGAUGCUCAUUGGACUGGAGGUGACAUAUCCGUGCAUGAACCACUUUUGUUUUGAUCCAAAUGGUAAGAUUGAGUGGUAUACUCCCGAGGUGGAUUUUGUUGGUGCAUUGACAAGAGCAUUGAAGUAUCCGGAGCUGGUGGCGCGCGUCAUGGGCAGUGCACUGAUUGAGAAGGACCAUUUGAUUGGCAGCAAGAGCGGCGGACGCCAGCUUGAUGUUGUUGAAGUGGAAGAUGAAAACAAUCGGACAGAAGUGUGCAUGCCUGAAAUGAUGGAGGACACAAGUACGAGCAUGUGGCCGAAUGACGGCAAAUUCGUAGACGUGACUGUAGUAAGCAGCGAUGAACUGGUUCCUGAAUUAUCAUAUGAUCGGCCGAAGCGACUGGAGCUGUCGUAUAUUUUAUCGACUGAGUAA